AUGGUUCGUCCUUGGAUCCCAGCCGUGAUGGUUCGUCCCGGAUCAAGUGUACGUGAUGCCUGCUCCAGCCCACUCCCGCCCACGCUCCUUCACCCAUCCUCCAGCCCACUCCAGCCCACUCCCGACGUUCACCCAUCAUCCAGCCCACCUGCCCACGCUCCUUCACCCAUCCUCCAGCCCACUCUCGCCCACGCCCUUCAAUCACCCAAUCCACCCACCUCUGCCCACGCCUCUCACCCAUCCUCCAGCCCACUCUCGCCCUACCUUCACCCAUCAUCCAGCCCACUCCGCCCACGCUCCCUUCACCCAUCCUCCAGCCCACUCCCGCCCACGCUCUCACCCAUCAUCCAGCCCACUCCCGCCCACGCCUUCACCCAUCAUCCAGCCCACUCCAGCCCACUCCCGCCCACGCUCCUUCACCCAUCAUCCAGCCCACUCCAGCCCACUCCCGCCACGCCUUCACCCAUCCUCCAGCCCACUCCUGCCCACGCUCCUUCACCCAUCAUCCAGCCCACUCCCGCCCACGCCGCCUCUCAGCCUCACAAGGAAAGUCCUGAAUGUUCCGGCAAACUGCUAAAGAGACGGAAAAUUGAUGAAAUUUUAAAAGCAGAGAAACGUCCAGUACUCUGA